CUUGGCACGAAAGCGCACUCAAGCGGGCACAUGUGCGCAUGCAAGGCAGUCUUACGUACAGAUUUACACCUCCUUCGAGAUGUCCAAGGGGACCCGCUUGAGAGGUUUUAGCCGUGAGUGUGUUUCUGUGGAACCGCGUGCGCCCAUAGCUGCCAAGCGCUGUCAGACUGACAUCCACGGAGACAUGAACAGCUCCUUCUUCAACCAAGCCCAGGGCGCACUAUUCAACAGGAGCCAAGUCCUCGCUGGUACUCUGGUGAACUGCUGCAACGCGACCGACGUGGCAACCAGUGACGGCGGCUCGCUGGCGCUACCUCCGGACGAGCGGAAACUCUUCAUCAGUCGCGUCGUACAGAUCGCCGUCCUGUGCGUACUGUCGCUCACCGUCAUGUUUGGUAUCUUUUUCCUCGGCUGCAACCUCAUGAUCAAAUCGGAGAGUAUGAUUAACUUUAUGGUGAAGGACCGGAGACCUUCCAAAGACGUAGAGGCGCCGGGGAUGAUAGGACUCAGCUAGUCUCUGGCGCCGGGAUGGAGAAUGGUGUGUAGCAGCGCGCCACGGACCCAUAGCCUCACCACGCUGUCUUUGGAGCGGCACGAUGAUAUGCAAUGCGUUUGAUUUCCUUACGAAGUAUGUUUGCCAAUAAAGACUGCGAUUGCAGUCAAGCGCGGACAAUUCCUCACAUCAAAAGUUCAAGGAGAACAAGGAAUGCAUCGUUGUUUACGCAUAAGCUGUUGGAUAUGGUUUUGUUUUUGACUGUCAACUUGAACAAAGUAAUGGACUCUUGUGAUAUAAGUGUUUACACGUUGUUACCUCAAAUUCUAUUUGCAAAAGUCGAUAUUUCAUCAUUGUUUAAGUAACAAAGCUAACUCGUUAGCAACUUUACGCAUGCAGAUGUUAUUUUGUUUUCCUUUCCAGUUCUGACAGUAGGCUAUACGUUUUGGAUGUGGGAUUUCUCUGAAAAUAUAUUUUUCUUGGUCCCGUUGCUUAGUAGCAUGUCGGGCAAACACUCAAGGUGCUGGGAUCGUGCAUGUUUAACUAACCCCAUCGCUGCUUCAAAGAGUGUUUUCUUGUCCAUCACCACCUUCCGGAGACACCUGAAACCCCACCUCUUUAAGGAAUACCUAGGAUAGGAUAAAGUAAUCCUUCUAACCCCCCCUUAAAAGAUUUAGAUGCACUAUUGUAAAGUGGUUGUUCCACUGGAUAUCAUAAGGUGAAUGCACCAAUUUGUAAGUCGCUCUGGAUAAGAGCGUCUGCUAAAUGACUUAAAUGUAAUGUAAAUGUAAAUGUCAAGUUCAGCAUGCACGCGGCUUGGUCUGUAGCCUGCAGUACAAGGUGGUAUUUGGACCUACUGUUUUUGCACUUUUUGAAAGCACCUGAUGCUGCAUGACUUUUGUACCAAGAUGAAACUUGAAUGAAAAGUGCAGCAUGCUACGAAUAAACGUGACGUUGUCGUAUCUCUUCA